AUGGUCUCUCGUCGUCAGCGGGAGUACACGAACCUCAAUGUAUUGGGCGACUUGGGCUACCCAGUAUGGUUCAGCACAACAAUUAGCUUAUUACAGGACCUCAUAUUUAUUGUGUCAGACACAUUAUUGAUCUGGAGGUGCUUUCACGUUUGGCAAGGGUCACUGGGGAUUGUUGUCAUCCCAUCUUUGCUUUUCCUGGCAGAGUCAGCUCUGACCAUCGUCAACGCCGUAUAUCAAUCAUCAUCCCCAUUUCUCACGAGCAGCACAAAAGCAGCGCUAGAAAAUCAUAUCACCACCGCACUGUCCCUUGUAUCUCUCUGCACAACAGUGACAGCGACAUUUCUCAUAGGAUACAAGAUCCACAGUGCCGCGCAGGAUAUUGGCAGACAGUCUGCGGUGACAAGAUACGGCCGCAUCGCAAACACCGUCAUCGAGUCAUCCGCGGUGUAUGCGCUGGCUCUGUUUUUGUUCGCACUGACAACUGUUGUCCCACUGUUUUAUCCGCUGUGGUCGCCUGCGGUGCAGGUGAAGUACUAUGUUGAUGUGGUGACGGGUGUUGUUUCGGGAUUGGCGCCAACAGUUAUGGUAUUGAGGCUCGCUCUUCCUGGAGUAUCUAAUUCUCCUUCAAUGCCCACAUUAAGUCAAAUAUCGGGGCUUGGUACAAGCGCGCAACGUGGGAGAAGUUGUAACGAUGGAACGGAUGCCCCUUCUGAACAACGAUGA